UCUUCCUCUCCUGCUAACUAGCAGUUAGCCAUGGAUACACUAAAGUUUAUGAUUCUGCUCUUAUGGAUGUGUGGAGGACAGGCACAGCACAGCCUGCAGAAAACAUACAGAGAUGCAGCAGUGCUGACCUCCUGCGACUUUAACAACGACAGUGAACCAUUCUGCAAGUUCCUUCAGGAUAGCACAGACAACGGUGACUGGACCCGACAGAAAGGUCCAACCCCGACACCUGGCACUGGCCCCAGUGGAGACUACCCUGAUGGAAAGGGCUUCUAUAUCUACCAGGAGUGUGACAAUGUGUCUAAUGGAAAGAAAGUUCGUCUGCUGAGCCCUGCCCUCUCAUCAUCAGCAUCUCAGAUCUGUGCCCAGUUUCGAUACUACAUGUACGGCUCGGACAGUGCGAAUGUGUUUAGGGUUCUGGCUAGGAGGCCUAGCAGUGAAGAGGAGGUCUGGAAGAGGACAGGUAUCCAGAGUCCAUCCUGGCUAAAGGGCUCUGUCACCGUAUCCAAACCCAGCAGUGAGAGCAUUACCAUUGUGUUUGAGGCUCAGAGAGGCUUAACUGAUUCCUGUGACACCGCUCUGGACAACAUCAUCAUCACUGAAGGAGCAUGUCCCUCUUGUGUUUCUGGCUGCGAUUUUGACACCGACCAAUGCGGGUGGACGAGUCAUGCUGAGCAUCCUGACUUAUUUGGCUUUGAACAGUGGUCCGGGCAGACGAACACUGAAGGCACUGGCCCUGAUGAUGACUUCUCCAAACCUGGACUUGGCUCCUACAUGUUGAUGGAUUCUGCGGAGGCUGUCCCUGGAGCCAAGUCAGAGCUCAGAAGUCCUGUAAUAACCCCCACGUCUGGAUGUCUGGACCUCACCUUCCACUACUACCUGUACGGCACCAGCACCACGAUGGAGCUCAGCGUCCACACCAUCACUCCAGGUGGAAGCCUUGGUCCUGCUCUCUUCACUUUGAGGGGGAACCAGGGUCAGGGCUGGAAGCCUGCAGAGGUCCAGUACUUGGGAACUGCUGCCAUUCAGUUUGUGAUUGUGGGUACCUUUGGAGAAACUCCUGAGACAGAUAUUGCCGUUGAUGCUGUGUGUGUCACGGCUUGCAAAGCUCAGCCAACAACUCCUCUACCACCAAUAACAACUCCAACAACACCAAAACCAACAACUCCAGGACCCUCAACUCCCGGACCAUCCACGCCAAAACCAUCAACUCCUGGACCAACUACACCUAAGCCAACAACUCCUGGACCAACUACACCUAAACCAACAACUCCAGGAACAACCACAGCCAAGCCACCAAAACCAUGCCCUCCUGAUGCAGAUUAUAUAGAAUGUGGCCCAGCUUGUAUCCCCACCUGUAUGGAACCCUCCACCAACUGUUCUGGCUCCUGUAUCAGUGGCUGCUUCUGCAAACCAGGGUUUGUCUUCAAAGGACGGCACUGUGUGCCAUUGGAGAAAUGUGGCUGUCUGGACGGCCAGAAUAACUAUUAUGAGCCUGGCGAGAUCAUAUUUGGAGAUGGCUGCUCAAAGCUGUGUCGCUGUGCAGGGAACUACUCUUUGGAAUGUGUUGAUAACUCCUGUGACCCUACUGAAGAGUGCCGCCAGGUCAAUGGUGUUUCAGGCUGCUAUCCUAAAGGUACAUCCACAUGCGUAGCGAGUGGUGAUCCCCACUACACCACUUUUGACAAACGCAACUACAACUUCAUGGGCAACUGCAGCUACUUGAUGUCUGGACCCUGCAACACAACGACUCUGCCAUACUUUGAGGUCCAUGCCGACAAUGAACAUCGCUUUAACACGCCCACCAUCUCCUAUGUGAAGGCCGUACAUGUAUAUGUGCGCAUGUUGAAGAUCUCCAUCCUCAAAGGUGGCACUGUGCAGGUGAAUGGGACCAAUGUAAACGUGCCAGUGUCUCCGGCCCCUGGUGUCUCUGUGUUCAAGUCAGGAAAGUUCUACACUGUAUCCAUGGACUUUGGUGUGACUGUUCGUUACGAUGGAAACCACUUCAUGGACAUCAAAGUGAUCAAAGACUAUGAGAACCAGCUGUGUGGCCUGUGUGGAGAUUACGAUGGAGAUGCCAAAGAUGACUUCCGUAAACCAGAUGGAUCGUUGACCAACAAUGCCAAUGACUUUGGACACAGCUGGAACACUGAUUCAGAGUGUAAUAAGAAACCCAACACCACCAUCCCUGAGUGUGAUGGAGACCAAGAAGUGUUUGAGAGCUCUGGAUACUGUGGCAUCCUGCUGGACAAAAAGGGUCCCUUCGCUGUGUGCCACCCCAAAGUCAACCCAAAUAAUUACUUCAGGGACUGUGUCUUUGACCUGUGUGCGCUGGAUGGAGCCAAGCCCGUUCUGUGUGAAGCCAUAGAAGCCUACGUCAACGAAUGCCAGGACCGCGGGGUGAACAUCGGACCCUGGAGGAAUAACACCUUCUGCCCUCUGGACUGCGCCCCAAACAGCCACUAUGAGCCCUGUGCAGACCCCUGUCAGGAGACGUGUACUGGGAAACCUCCCUCCUGCGGUGGGCCCUGCUCUGAAAGCUGUGUGUGUGAUCCUGGCUACGUCCUGAGUGCCGGCAAGUGCGUCAGGAAGAGUUCUUGUGGCUGCAAAUACAACGGCCAGUAUUAUGAGCCUGGAGACGAGUUUUAUCAGGCAGACUGUAUGUUGAAGUGUAAGUGCGAUGCUCCCUUCGUUACCUGCGUGGCCUCUGAAUGUCCCCCAAUGCACGAGUGUAAACACCAGGAUGGAGAGCUGGGCUGCUUUCCCACUGGCUCUCAGGACUGUGUGGUGUCUGGAGAUCCUCACUACAACACGUUUGACAAAAAGUUCUACAGCUUCAUGGGAACAUGUACCUACACCCUGGCCAGAACCUGCAAGAACACCACAGGUCCCUGGUUCUCAGUGGAGGGGAAGAAUGAGGAGAGAGGAAUGCCAGGGUUGUCCUACCUGAGAAAGCUCUACGUGACUGUGAAUGGAAUCACUGUGACCCUGAUGAAGGCCAGGAGGACGCUGGUGAACGGACUGCGCGUGGCCCUCCCUCACUCCCCCUCCCCUCUCAUCUCUCUCAGUCUGGCCGGCCAGUACAUCACCCUGCAGACGCCCUUCGGCCUCCGGGUGCGCUGGGAUGGAAACCAUUACGCCCAGAUCUCAGUUCCCAGCUCCUACCAUGACCAGAUGUGCGGCCUCUGCGGCGACUACGACGGGAACCCGAACAACGACUUCACCAAGCCAGAUGGCACUCUGGGAGGCAACGUCAACGACUUCGGCAACAGCUGGCAGACAAAAGAAGACGAGGAUGACUCGUGUAGCCAAGGCACCGGGCCCAACCCAGACUGUGACCCCAAACUGGAGGCUGAGGUGGUGAAGCCAGACAAAUGUGGCAAACUCAAAGACCCUGCUGGACCCUUCAGGGAGUGUAUCAGCGUGGUGAAUCCCACUCCGUUCUUCCAGAGCUGUGUGUAUGACAUGUGCCAGUUCCAAGGCCAGCAGCAUGUGCUGUGUGACCAGCUCCAGGCCUACACCGACGCCUGCCAGAGCGCCGGAGCCAAAGUCCACCCGUGGAGGACUCCAAGCUUCUGUCCCCUAGCCUGUCCUCCCAACAGCUCCUACUCCCUGUGUGUGAGUUCGUGUCCGGAGACGUGUCUGGGUGUGUCCGGACCCCCCGGCUGCGAGGAUGUGUGUGUGGAGGGCUGCGAGUGUAAGCCGGGCUUCAUCCUCAGCAACGACAAGUGUGUGUCCCUGAAAGACUGUGGCUGCGUGGACCCCAGUGGAUCCUAUCACCCUGUGGAUGAUAACUGGUAUCUGGAGGGUUGUGAGCAGAAGUGUGUGUGUCACAGCGGAGGUUUGAUCCAGUGUCACAACAGCAGCUGUAAGCCAACCACUGAGAGCUGCCAGCUACAUGACGGAGAAUAUGAAUGUCGUCCUCUGGGACCAACUACACCUAAACCAACAACUCCAGGACCAACUACACCUAAACCAACAACUCCAGGACCAACUACACCUAAACCAACAACUCCAGGACCAACUACACCUAAACCAACAACUCCUGGACCAACUACAGCCAAGCCACCAAAACCAUGCCCUCCUGAUGCAGAUUAUAUAGAAUGUGGCGCAGCUUGUAUCCCCACCUGUAUGGAACCCUCCACCAACUGUUCUGGCUCCUGUAUCAGUGGCUGCUUCUGCAAACCAGGGUUUGUCUUCAAAGGACGGCACUGUGUGCCAUUGGAGAAAUGUGGCUGUCUGGACGGCCAGAAUAACUAUUAUGAGCCUGGCGAGAUCAUAUUUGGAGAUGGCUGCUCAAAGCUGUGUCGCUGUGCAGGGAACUACUCUUUGGAAUGUGUUGAUAACUCCUGUGACCCUACUGAAGAGUGCCGCCAGGUCAAUGGUGUUUCAGGCUGCUAUCCUAAAGGUACAUCCACAUGCGUAGCGAGUGGUGAUCCCCACUACACCACUUUUGACAAACGCAACUACAACUUCAUGGGCAACUGCAGCUACUUGAUGUCUGGACCCUGCAACACAACGACUCUGCCAUACUUUGAGGUCCAUGCCGACAAUGAACAUCGCUUUAACACGCCCACCAUCUCCUAUGUGAAGGCCGUACAUGUAUAUGUGCGCAUGUUGAAGAUCUCCAUCCUCAAAGGUGGCACUGUGCAGGUGAAUGGGACCAAUGUAAACGUGCCAGUGUCUCCGGCCCCUGGUGUCUCUGUGUUCAAGUCAGGAAAGUUCUACACUGUAUCCAUGGACUUUGGUGUGACUGUUCGUUACGAUGGAAACCACUUCAUGGACAUCAAAGUGAUCAAAGACUAUGAGAACCAGCUGUGUGGCCUGUGUGGAGAUUACGAUGGAGAUGCCAAAGAUGACUUCCGUAAACCAGAUGGAUCGUUGACCAACAAUGCCAAUGACUUUGGACACAGCUGGAACACUGAUUCAGAGUGUAAUAAGAAACCCAACACCACCAUCCCUGAGUGUGAUGGAGACCAAGAAGUGUUUGAGAGCUCUGGAUACUGUGGCAUCCUGCUGGACAAAAAGGGUCCCUUCGCUGUGUGCCACCCCAAAGUCAACCCAAAUAAUUACUUCAGGGACUGUGUCUUUGACCUGUGUGCGCUGGAUGGAGCCAAGCCCGUUCUGUGUGAAGCCAUAGAAGCCUACGUCAACGAAUGCCAGGACCGCGGGGUGAACAUCGGACCCUGGAGGAAUAACACCUUCUGCCCUCUGGACUGCGGCCCAAACAGCCACUAUGAGCCCUGUGCAGACCCCUGUCAGGAGACGUGUACUGGGAAACCUCCCUCCUGCGGUGGGCCCUGCUCUGAAAGCUGUGUGUGUGAUCCUGGCUACGUCCUGAGUGCCGGCAAGUGCGUCAGGAAGAGUUCUUGUGGCUGCAAAUACAACAGCCAGUAUUAUGAGCCUGGAGACGAGUUUUAUCAGGCAGACUGUAUGUUGAAGUGUAAGUGCGAUGCUCCCUUCGUUACCUGCGUGGCCUCUGAAUGUCCCCCAAUGCACGAGUGUAAACACCAGGAUGGAGAGCUGGGCUGCUAUCCCACCGGCUCUCAGGACUGUGUGGUGUCUGGAGAUCCUCACUACAACACGUUUGACAAAAAGUUCUACAGCUUCAUGGGAACAUGUACCUACACCCUGGCCAGAACCUGCAAGAACACCACAGGUCCCUGGUUCUCAGUGGAGGGGAAGAAUGAGGAGAGAGGAAUGCCAGGGUUGUCCUACCUGAGAAAGCUCUACGUGACUGUGAAUGGAAUCACUGUGACCCUGAUGAAGGCCAGGAGGACGCUGGUGAACGGACUGCGCGUGGCCCUCCCUCACUCCCCCUCCCCUCUCAUCUCUCUCAGUCUGGCCGGCCAGUACAUCACCCUGCAGACGCCCUUCGGCCUCCGGGUGCGCUGGGACGGAAACCAUUACGCCCAGAUCUCAGUUCCCAGCUCCUACCAUGACCAGAUGUGCGGCCUCUGCGGCGACUACGACGGGAACCCGAACAACGACUUCACCAAGCCAGAUGGCACUCUGGGAGGCAACGUCAACGACUUCGGCAACAGCUGGCAGACAAAAGAAGACGAGGAUGACUCGUGUAGCCAAGGCACCGGGCCCAACCCAGACUGUGACCCCAAACUGGAGGCUGAGGUGGUGAAGCCAGACAAAUGUGGCAAACUCAAAGACCCUGCUGGACCCUUCAGGGAGUGUAUCAGCGUGGUGAAUCCCACUCCGUUCUUCCAGAGCUGUGUGUAUGACAUGUGCCAGUUCCAAGGCCAGCAGCAUGUGCUGUGUGACCAGCUCCAGGCCUACACCGACGCCUGCCAGAGCGCCGGAGCCAAAGUCCACCCGUGGAGGACUCCAAGCUUCUGUCCCCUGGCCUGUCCUCCCAACAGCUCCUACUCCCUGUGUGUGAGUUCGUGUCCGGAGACGUGUCUGGGUGUGUCCGGACCCCCCGGCUGCGAGGACGUGUGUGUGGAGGGCUGCGAGUGUAAGCCGGGCUUCAUCCUCAGCAACGACAAGUGUGUGUCCCUGAAAGACUGUGGCUGCGUGGACCCCAGUGGAUCCUAUCACCCUGUGGAUGAUAACUGGUAUCUGGAGGGUUGUGAGCAGAAGUGUGUGUGUCACAGCGGAGGUUUGAUCCGGUGUCACAACAGCAGCUGUAAGCCAACCACUGAGAGCUGCCAGCUACACGACGGAGAAUAUGAAUGUCGUCCUCUGGGACCAACUACACCUAAACCAACAACUCCAGGACCAACUACACCUAAACCAACAACUCCAGGACCAACUACACCUAAACCAACAACUCCAGGACCAACUACACCUAAACCAACAACUCCUGGACCAACUACAGCCAAGCCACCAAAACCAUGCCCUCCUGAUGCAGAUUAUAUAGAAUGUGGCGCAGCUUGUAUCCCCACCUGUAUGGAACCCUCCACCAACUGUUCUGGCUCCUGUAUCAGUGGCUGCUUCUGCAAACCAGGGUUUGUCUUCAAAGGACGGCACUGUGUGCCAUUGGAGAAAUGUGGCUGUCUGGACGGCCAGAAUAACUAUUAUGAGCCUGGCGAGAUCAUAUUUGGAGAUGGCUGCUCAAAGCUGUGUCGCUGUGCAGGGAACUACUCUUUGGAAUGUGUUGAUAACUCCUGUGACCCUACUGAAGAGUGCCGCGAGGUCAAUGGUGUUUCAGGCUGCUAUCCUAAAGGUACAUCCACAUGCGUAGCGAGUGGUGAUCCCCACUACACCACUUUUGACAAACGCAACUACAAUUUCAUGGGCAACUGCAGCUACUUGAUGUCUGGACCCUGCAAUACAACGACUCUGCCAUACUUUGAGGUCCAUGCCGACAAUGAACAUCGCUUUAACACGCCCACCAUCUCCUAUGUGAAGGCCGUACAUGUAUAUGUGCGCAUGUUGAAGAUCUCCAUCCUCAAAGGUGGCACUGUGCAGGUGAAUGGGACCAAUGUAAACGUGCCAGUGUCUCCGGCCCCUGGUGUCUCUGUGUUCAAGUCAGGAAAGUUCUACACUGUAUCCAUGGACUUUGGUGUGACUGUUCGUUACGAUGGAAACCACUUCAUGGACAUCAAAGUGAUCAAAGACUAUGAGAACCAGCUGUGUGGCCUGUGUGGAGAUUACGAUGGAGAUGCCAAAGAUGACUUCCGUAAACCAGAUGGAUCGUUGACCAACAAUGCCAAUGACUUUGGACACAGCUGGAACACUGAUUCAGAGUGUAAUAAGAAACCCAACACCACCAUCCCUGAGUGUGAUGGAGACCAAGAAGUGUUUGAGAGCUCUGGAUACUGUGGCAUCCUGCUGGACAAAAAGGGUCCCUUCGCUGUGUGCCACCCCAAAGUCAACCCAAAUAAUUACUUCAGGGACUGUGUCUUUGACCUGUGUGCGCUGGAUGGAGCCAAGCCCGUUCUGUGUGAAGCCAUAGAAGCCUACGUCAACGAAUGCCAGGACCGCGGGGUGAACAUCGGACCCUGGAGGAAUAACACCUUCUGCCCUCUGGACUGCGGCCCAAACAGCCACUAUGAGCCCUGUGCAGACCCCUGUCAGGAGACGUGUACUGGGAAACCUCCCUCCUGCGGUGGGCCCUGCUCUGAAAGCUGUGUGUGUGAUCCUGGCUACGUCCUGAGUGCCGGCAAGUGCGUCAGGAAGAGUUCUUGUGGCUGCAAAUACAACGGCCAGUAUUAUGAGCCUGGAGACGAGUUUUAUCAGGCAGACUGUAUGUUGAAGUGUAAGUGCGAUGCUCCCUUCGUUACCUGCGUGGCCUCUGAAUGUCCCCCAAUGCACGAGUGUAAACACCAGGAUGGAGAGCUGGGCUGCUAUCCCACUGGACCCUCUCCCUCAGGCUCUCAGGACUGUGUGGUGUCUGGAGAUCCUCACUACAACACGUUUGACAAAAAGUUCUACAGCUUCAUGGGAACAUGUACCUACACCCUGGCCAGAACCUGCAAGAACACCACAGGUCCCUGGUUCUCAGUGGAGGGGAAGAAUGAGGAGAGAGGAAUGCCAGGGUUGUCCUACCUGAGAAAGCUCUACGUGACUGUGAAUGGAAUCACUGUGACCCUGAUGAAGGCCAGGAGGACGCUGGUGAACGGACUGCGCGUGGCCCUCCCUCACUCCCCCUCCCCUCUCAUCUCUCUCAGUCUGGCCGGCCAGUACAUCACCCUGCAGACGCCCUUCGGCCUCCGGGUGCGCUGGGACGGAAACCAUUACGCCCAGAUCUCAGUUCCCAGCUCCUACCAUGACCAGAUGUGCGGCCUCUGCGGCAACUACGACGGGAACCCGAACAACGACUUCACCAAGCCAGAUGGCACUCUGGGAGGCAACGUCAACGACUUCGGCAACAGCUGGCAGACAAAAGAAGACGAGGAUGACUCGUGUAGCCAAGGCACCGGGCCCAACCCAGACUGUGACCCCAAACUGGAGGCUGAGGUGGUGAAGCCAGACAAAUGUGGCAAACUCAAAGACCCUGCUGGACCCUUCAGGGAGUGUAUCAGCGUGGUGAAUCCCACUCCGUUCUUCCAGAGCUGUGUGUAUGACAUGUGCCAGUUCCAAGGCCAGCAGCAUGUGCUGUGUGACCAGCUCCAGGCCUACACCGACGCCUGCCAGAGCGCCGGAGCCAAAGUCCACCCGUGGAGGACUCCAAGCUUCUGUCCCCUGGCCUGUCCUCCCAACAGCUCCUACUCCCUGUGUGUGAGUUCGUGUCCGGAGACGUGUCUGGGUGUGUCCGGACCCCCCGGCUGCGAGGAUGUGUGUGUGGAGGGCUGCGAGUGUAAGCCGGGCUUCAUCCUCAGCAACGACAAGUGUGUGUCCCUGAAAGACUGUGGCUGCGUGGACCCCAGUGGAUCCUAUCACCCUGUGGAUGAUAACUGGUAUCUGGAGGGUUGUGAGCAGAAGUGUGUGUGUCACAGCGGAGGUUUGAUCCAGUGUCACAACAGCAGCUGUAAGCCAACCACUGAGAGCUGCCAGCUACACGACGGAGAAUAUGAAUGUCGUCCUCUGGGACCAACUACACCUAAACCAACAACUCCAGGACCAACUACACCUAAACCAACAACUCCAGGACCAACUACACCUAAACCAACAACUCCAGGACCAACUACACCUAAACCAACAACUCCUGGACCAACUACAGCCAAGCCACCAAAACCAUGCCCUCCUGAUGCAGAUUAUAUAGAAUGUGGCGCAGCUUGUAUCCCCACCUGUAUGGAACCCUCCACCAACUGUUCUGGCUCCUGUAUCAGUGGCUGCUUCUGCAAACCAGGGUUUGUCUUCAAAGGACGGCACUGUGUGCCAUUGGAGAAAUGUGGCUGUCUGGACGGCCAGAAUAACUAUUAUGAGCCUGGCGAGAUCAUAUUUGGAGAUGGCUGCUCAAAGCUGUGUCGCUGUGCAGGGAACUACUCUUUGGAAUGUGUUGAUAACUCCUGUGACCCUACUGAAGAGUGCCGCAAGGUCAAUGGUGUUUCAGGCUGCUAUCCUAAAGGUACAUCCACAUGCGUAGCGACUAGUGAUCCCCACUACACCACUUUUGACAAACGCAACUACAACUUCAUGGGCAACUGCAGCUACUUGAUGUCUGGACCCUGCAACACAACGACUCUGCCAUACUUUGAGGUCCAUGCCGACAAUGAACAUCGCUUUAACACGCCCACCAUCUCCUAUGUGAAGGCCGUACAUGUAUAUGUGCGCAUGUUGAAGAUCUCCAUCCUCAAAGGUGGCACUGUGCAGGUGAAUGGGACCAAUGUAAACGUGCCAGUGUCUCCGGCCCCUGGUGUCUCUGUGUUCAAGUCAGGAAAGUUCUACACUGUAUCCAUGGACUUUGGUGUGACUGUUCGUUACGAUGGAAACCACUUCAUGGACAUCAAAGUGAUCAAAGACUAUGAGAACCAGCUGUGUGGCCUGUGUGGAGAUUACGAUGGAGAUGCCAAAGAUGACUUCCGUAAACCAGAUGGAUCGUUGACCAACAAUGCCAAUGACUUUGGACACAGCUGGAACACUGAUUCAGAGUGUAAUAAGAAACCCAACACCACCAUCCCUGAGUGUGAUGGAGACCAAGAAGUGUUUGAGAGCUCUGGAUACUGUGGCAUCCUGCUGGACAAAAAGGGUCCCUUCGCUGUGUGCCACCCCAAAGUCAACCCAAAUAAUUACUUCAGGGACUGUGUCUUUGACCUGUGUGCGCUGGAUGGAGCCAAGCCCGUUCUGUGUGAAGCCAUAGAAGCCUACGUCAACGAAUGCCAGGACCGCGGGGUGAACAUCGGAACCUGGAGGAAUAACACCUUCUGCCCUCUGGACUGCGGCCCAAACAGCCACUAUGAGCCCUGUGCAGACCCCUGUCAGGAGACGUGUACUGGGAAACCUCCUUUCUGCAGUGGGCCCUGCUCUGAAAGCUGUGUGUGUGAUCCUGGCUACGUCCUGAGUGCCGGCAAGUGCGUCAGGAAGAGUUCUUGUGGCUGCAAAUACAACGGCCAGUAUUAUGAGCCUGGAGAUGAGUUUUAUCAGGCAGACUGUAUGUUGAAGUGUAAGUGCGAUGCUCCCUUCGUUACCUGCGUGGCCUCUGAAUGUCCCCCAAUGCACGAGUGUAAACACCAGGAUGGAGAACUGGGCUGCUUUCCCACUGGACCCUCUCCCUCAGGCUCUCAGGACUGUGUGGUGUCUGGAGAUCCUCACUACAACACGUUUGACAAAAAGUUCUACAGCUUCAUGGGAACAUGUACCUACACCCUGGCCAGAACCUGCAAGAACACCACAGGUCCCUGGUUCUCAGUGGAGGGGAAGAAUGAGGAGAGAGGAAUGCCAGGGUUGUCCUACCUGAGAAAGCUCUACGUGACUGUGAAUGGAAUCACUGUGACCCUGAUGAAGGCCAGGAGGACGCUGGUGAACGGACUGCGCGUGGCCCUCCCUCACUCCCCCUCCCCUCUCAUCUCUCUCAGUCUGGCCGGCCAGUACAUCACCCUGCAGACGCCCUUCGGCCUCCGGGUGCGCUGGGAUGGAAACCAUUACGCCCAGAUCUCAGUUCCCAGCUCCUACCAUGACCAGAUGUGCGGCCUCUGCGGCGACUACGACGGGAACCCGAACAACGACUUCACCAAGCCAGAUGGCACUCUGGGAGGCAACGUCAACGACUUCGGCAACAGCUGGCAGACAAAAGAAGACGAGGAUGACUCGUGUAGCCAAGGCACCGGGCCCAACCCAGACUGUGACCCCAAACUGGAGGCUGAGGUGGUGAAGCCAGACAAAUGUGGCAAACUCAAAGACCCUGCUGGACCCUUCAGGGAGUGUAUCAGCGUGGUGAAUCCCACUCCGUUCUUCCAGAGCUGUGUGUAUGACAUGUGCCAGUUCCAAGGCCAGCAGCAUGUGCUGUGUGACCAGCUCCAGGCCUACACCGACGCCUGCCAGAGCGCCGGAGCCAAAGUCCACCCGUGGAGGACUCCAAGCUUCUGUCCCCUGGCCUGUCCUCCCAACAGCUCCUACUCCCUGUGUGUGAGUUCGUGUCCGGAGACGUGUCUGGGUGUGUCCGGACCCCCCGGCUGCGAGGACGUGUGUGUGGAGGGCUGCGAGUGUAAGCCGGGCUUCAUCCUCAGCAACGACAAGUGUGUGUCCCUGAAAGACUGUGGCUGCGUGGACCCCAGUGGAUCCUAUCACCCUGUGGAUGAUAACUGGUAUCUGGAGGGUUGUGAGCAGAAGUGUGUGUGUCACAGCGGAGGUUUGAUCCAGUGUCACAACAGCAGCUGUAAGCCAACCACUGAGAGCUGCCAGCUACACGACGGAGAAUAUGAAUGUCGUCCUCUGGGAAAUGGUAUCUGCUCAGUAUCCGGUGAUCCCCACUACACCACCUUUGACAAACGCACCCACCAUUAUAUGGGAGCGUGCUCCUACACCCUGUCCAAACCCUGCAACGCCUCCUCUGGCAUGCCCUACUUCACCGUGGACACCCAGAACGAGCACAGAGGGAGCAAUAAGAAGAUCUCCUACGUCAGGGCCGUGGUGAUCAAUGUGAGCGGUGUGACGGUCAUCCUCGGCAAGGGUCGUACAGUCCAGGUCAAUGGGACGGUGGUUGUUCCCCCCGUCACCUCCAUCAGUGGAGUAAAGAUCUACCUGAGCGGCAAGUUUGUUGUCCUGGAGACAUCCUUCGGCCUGAGGGUGCGUUUCGAUGGCAACCACCACGCUGACGUAACCGUGCCGACCUCCUACAAUGGCCUGCUCUGUGGCAUGUGUGGAAAUUUCAACGGAAACUCCAAAGAUGACAACUUGAAACCAGACAACAAACCGGCCGCUAACACCAACGAACUGGGAGACAGCUGGCAGGUUCCUGACCCCCGGCCAGACUGCACCAACGGGGGAGGGGCAGACGACUGUGACAAAAAGGUGGAGGAGGAGGCCAAGAAGCCCACCAGCUGCGGCAUGAUUACCGAUCCCAAUGGUAUCUUUAAGCCGUGCCACUCGGUCGUGCCUCCUGAGCCGUACUUUGGAAACUGUGUGUAUGACAUGUGUGCCACCGGCGGUCAGACCGUGGCUCUGUGCCAGGCCGUAGAGAGCUACGCCGACAUGUGUGCUGCUGCCGGAGUCUCCAUCGCAUGGAGAAACAACACCUUCUGUCCUCUUAAGUGCCCCCCAGGCAGUCAGUACAACCCGUGCGGCCCCGCCUGCUCCCAGCCCAGCUGUCAGGACCCCGGGAGCCCCGGCAGCUCCUGCAACCAGCCUUGUGUGGAGGGAUGUGUCUGCAACCCUGGCUUGGUCCUCAGCAGAGACAAAUGCGUCCCGCUCAGCGAGUGUGGAUGUACCGACCGAGAGGGACACUACAGGCCGGUGGGAGACAGUUGGUUCACAGAGAAGGACUGCUCCGAACGCUGCAAGUGUAACGGCAACAAAAACAUCACCUGCGAGCCGUGGCAGUGCAGCCCGGCCCAGGAGUGUAAAGUUGUAGAAGGAGUGCUGGACUGCCACUCUACAGGUAAAGGAGUGUGCCACGUGGCUGGAGAUCCUCACUACUACACCUUCGAUGGUGUGAUGCACACGUACAUGGGCACGUGCACUUACACUCUGGUGGAGGUGUGUAACUCCACCAAGGUAACUCCCUUCAAGAUCGUGGCUAAAAACGAGGAGCGCGGUCAGCCGGAGGCCUCCUAUGUCCGCUCUGUCACAGUCUACCUGCCUCAUGACACUGUGGUUGAGCUGCAGAAGAGCCGCAGAGUUCUGCUGAAUGAACGGCGGGUGCGAACCCCAGUUUCCAUUGACGUGGUCGGAGCCAAGGUGAUAACCAGCGGAUCCUACAGUCUGCUGGACACAAACUUUGGUCUGCAGGUCAAGUUUGACGGAGUCCAUCACCUGGAGAUUACUGUUCCUGGAGAAUACUAUAACAAGCUGUGUGGAAUGUGUGGGAACUACAACCACAACUCCUCCGAUGACAACCUGAUGCCCAACAAGAAGCCAGCCAAGGAUGUGAUUGAACUGGGCAACAGCUGGAAAUCAGACGGAGACAGUGAUCCUGGCUGUCAGCCAGACACCCGUCCAGAUGUCCACCCCAACUGCACCGCAGAGGAGGAGAAGUGGUUCGAGGCUCAGUGUGCCGAGGUCAUCCUCUCUGACCGCUUCCAGCCCUGCCACUCCUUCGUGCCCCCCGAGGCCUUCCUGGGUAACUGCGUGUACGACAUGUGCGAGUACAACGGCAUGCAGGCCACUCUCUGUGACAACGUGGAGGCCUACGCUCAGGCCUGUCAGAGCGCCGGAGUCACCAUCAGCUGGAGGAACAACACCUUCUGUCCCAUGCCCUGCCCUCCCAAAAGCCACUACUCUGACUGCACCGCCCCCUGCCCCCCCACCUGCUCCGACCUCUUCCCCAUCUUCUGCCACCUCCCCCCGACCACCUGUGUGGAGGGCUGCCAGUGUGACGCCGGCUUCGUCCUCAGCGACAACGUGUGCGUUCCUCUGGACAAAUGUGGCUGUGUGGACUCAGAUGGAGAGUACCAUGAUGUGGGAGACUCGUGGCUGACAAAUAGAUGUACCGACAAGUGUAUCUGUAACCUCGGCGGCAAAAUCACGUGUAAGGAUCACAGCUGUAACUCCAACUCAGUGUGUGCCCUGGACAAGUAUGGAGACCUGACCUGCAAACCCACCAAGUUUGACAAGUGCAGUAUCCAAGGGGAUCCUCACCACCGAACAUUUGAUGGUUUCACCCAUCACUUCCAGGGCGCCUACACCUACGUCCUGACCCAGAGCCACGACCUGCCGAACUCCCUGACGCCGCUGGUGGUGAGGGGGAAGAACAUCAGGCGCGGGGGGAACCAGAGGAUCUCCCUCCUGGAUCAGAUGUACAUCGACGUUUACGGUUUCAACGUUCGCUUCCUGCAGAAGAAGCAAGUCCUGGUGAAUGGGGAGCGUGUGGCCCCCCCUCUCAGUCCAGUUGCCGGUUUGACCAUCACGAUGAACUCCAGGCAGGUCCAGCUCACCACUGACUUUGGACUCACGGUUCGCUUUGACGGCAACUACCGCGGAGAGAUCAUACUGCCCAGCACCUAUAAGAACUCUGUCAGAGGGCUGUGCGGAAACUACGACGGCAUCACCAGAAACGAGUACAUGAAGCCGGACGGAACGGUGGUCCGGGACCUGAACACAUUCGGAGAAAGCUGGAGGGUCAGUGAGCGGCAGGCGGGCGGACUGAGAACCUCCGACCUUCCUCACACAGUCCACAGGCGCGAGGCGGAGACUGAUCUGGAUUCAGGAUUUGAGACAUCGGACUGCUCCCAGUCUCAGCUCAAUAACUACCACAGUGUGGCUCAGUGUGGAGCGCUGUCUCACUCCGAGGGGCCGUUUGCUGCCUGCCACGCAGCCCUGGAACCUCAAACCUACCAGGAUGACUGUGUGUUUGACCUGUGUGCUGAGGAUGGCAGUGCAGUGCUGCGUUGUGCCAGUUAUGAAGCGUACGCUGCAGCGUGUCAGGAGGCCGGAGUCAAACUGGGGCCCUGGAGGCAGCAGCUGGGCUGUGUCCUGUCCUGUGACGCCAACAGCACCUACUCCUCCUGCAUGUCCCCCUGCCCCGCCUCCUGCGCCGACCUGGCAGCACCCUCCGAGUGUGACAUCACUUCCUGCAUGGAGGGCUGCCAGUGUGCCGCCGGCUUUGUCAUGAGCGGGGGAAGCUGUGUGCCAUACACGCAGUGUGGCUGCACCUUCCUCAGCAGAUACUACACUCUGAACGAGAAGUUUGUGACCGAGGACUGUUCCCAGGCCUGUGAAUGCACCAGCCUGGGCGCCGUGUGCCAGCCCAAGACCUGCCAGGGCGGAGACGUCUGCACCAUCUACAACUUCAAACGGGACUGCUACAGAGCGAGCCCUUGCCUCAGCUACCCCUGUCAGAACGGAGGAACAUGCCAGGAGGCCAGCAACAGCACCUACAUCUGUCAGUGUGCAGAGGGCUUCGAGGGCUCAAACUGCGAGGUGGAGAUAACACCAAGCGGAGGACUGGAAACCAAGUGGAUCAUCCUGAUCGCGGUCCUGGCCGCUGUCGCCGUCAUCGCCAUCGUGACCGCCAUCGCGUGCGCUUGCAGACAGAAAUCCAAGUCACAAGUUUAUGUAAUUCAGAAGCAGCAGUCAUCUCACAGUGGGAAAAACAAGCAGAAGAAGAUCAGCCUGACGUCAACAAGCGUCCCAUAUAAAAACAUAGAUGACCAAAGGAAUGAUAAAGUGACUCCUAUGUGAUGACAAAGUGUGUAACCUGAAUGUAACAAACGCCUGCUGUAUGAGGCCAACAUUAACAAUAUGUUCUGAAGCAUAUUCAGCCGGCCUCCAAAGAAUAAAACUGUCAGAAAUGAAGGAA